AUGAUGCUUUUUGUUACUGUUUUGUUGGGCUGCUUCUCUUUUGUUCAUUGUAAAGAUGCAGAGUAUUAUGCUGGCAGUAAGUUUGACAAAUUUGUGAUAAAUAUUUAAACGUACUUUUUAAUGUGUAACACUUGCAUAUUGUUUUAUUUUAAAGGUUUUUUUUGUUAAUACAAAAAUAAUAAAAAGUUAUUUUAUGUAAAUCAUUAUCUUUGUUGUAAGCAACAAUACAUAUUGAUAUAUAAGCCCGGUUCGGCUUCUUUAUAGAGCUAGGCCCGUAAAGAAGCCGAACCGGGCCUAUUAGACCUACUUUCACGUCUAGUUAUAAAACAUUUAUAAUAUUAUACAAUGUUUUAAAGGUACUCCAUGCGUUAACACGUUCUUCACGGAAGACAAAAGCAAUGCCUAUAGAUUGGAAUUAAGUCUUCAAAGCCAACAGUUCUUUAUCAUUAGCAAUCAGUGCGAAAACUGUAACGUAUCAACGUCGGAUAAACCAUACGACCCAACGUAAGUUAUAAUAUAUUUGUAAAUACUAUGUUGCACCUCGCUUCAUAUCUCUGUAUACGUUUGUAUUAUACUUACAUAUCUUUAAAAACGUAACAUUUAAGCUUUUUUAUAAAACAUUUUUCAGAAAGUAUGGUGCCGAGAAACUAAACUCUGGAUUUUCUGUUAAACUAGCGGACAAUACCUUGAAAGGAAACAACUACAAAGGCUUUAUAGCUUCUUCAAUCUUUGAUAAGAAGGAGGAUGAGAUACUGCCAGUAGUUGAAAGUGCUGACAAAGAGUACUACAGUACUACACAUGGACUAUUUGGACUUGAUUUUGAAGAAGUUAGUGAUAACGUGAUUUUGAAAAGAAUUUUUGAUUCACAAUUAGUAAAAAAGAUUAUCAUCCGACGUGGAGCUUACCAACAAGUCUUGGUAUGUCAUUACAUAAAAGUAGACUUGAAUGAAGUCUCUCUAGGCCUAGCUCGGUUUCGUUUAGUCUGAGGCGGACGGGUAAUUUGAAAAAAUCCGGGCCAGGUCAACAUCGUGUAGGCCUGCAGGGUUUUAAAUCAAUGACUUUUUACGGGUUUAUAUAGUAACUUUGUAAAGCUUCCAUAGAGUCAAGUCUUAUUUCAAAUUGGUUAUGCCUAUAACAUUCAAAAAAACAUAAUUACUUAUCAUUCAAAUACUAUGUUUAAUUUUGUAUACAGUAAUGACCCCAAUGUUUAGAAAGACAAAGAAGUAAAGCCAAACGGCAUCCACGGCCAUAUACUGGCAGGAGCCGAUGCAAUGGAAGGUUGUGGAACUUUCAGCUAUCAUGACGCUGAACAAGGUCAAGGAUUGACACUUAAAGGAGUGUACGUACCUUUUAUUACAAACUUUUAAAAUUUCUAAGUUCUUCGUUUGCUCUAGGCUUUAAUUUAAAAAAAGUUAAAUACAGUUAAGCUUUUCUAGUAUGAUACUCAAGGGACUGGUCCAAACCUGUCUUUAUAAGCAAGAUGUAACACUGUUAAUAGUCAGACUAAAGAUGUUUUACUGUACACUUUAGCUAUAACUUUUAAUUUCAGAGUCAAAAUUGGGAACAACACACUCGAGUCAAAGAACAUCAAAUUUGACCUUGAUGGCCCGUUACGUAUACCUCAAGACGUCUUUGACAAAAACUAUCAAAGCAUAGUAACAGAAAGCGCAGUACCUCAAGUUACCGUGACUAUUGGUGCCAAAGAGUAUGUCACAAAACCAGAAUACUUUGUCAACUACGAAGAUGAGUACCGUGAAGUGCUGAAGUUGUCGGUAUCAGGUGGAGCUGAGCAGGACGUCAUUGUACUAGGUAGAGAGUUCUUGAGAGAUCGUUGCAUUAGUAUCUUCCUUAAUUCUGAUGAAAAAGGUGUCCAAAUUGGUUUUGCCGAUAUUGUGAACUUAAAGUCAGAUGUUGACUAUGUAGAAAGUCCAGCUCCAACACGAACGCCAACUACGGAAGCACCAGAAGGCACUACUAAAGCGGUUGGUGAAGUUGUUGUCAAUGUUUUAGCUAUGAUUGUCAUGGUUGUUUUGUUUUCUAUGUAAUUUUUAUGUCGAGAUUUAAUAAAUACAAAAUUUAAAAACUUUUGAAAAUUUUUUAUGCAAAUUGUAAAGAGGUUGGUUACUAAAAGCGUCAGGUGAAAAGUUUGACCUAAAAACCAGAAAAAUUUAAAAAUUUUUGAAAACUUUCAAAAUAAAUUUUUAAAAAUUAUGUUUUUAAUAAUGUAAGUAAAAGAUGUCAAAGUGUAAUAAAUAAAAAUUUAAACUUAGAAAACAGAUUGUAAAAGUAGUAUACAAAUUCAAACAAUAGUAAAAUAGACUUCUCCUUUGGCGCCGCACUCACAAGAUCAAGAUGCGCUGGACUGCAGGGUCGCAUAAUCCAACUCUACCCAAACUCAAUAAAACGGCCUUCGCAUUAUAUUCACCUCAGUAUGUAUAACUCUUUGAGGUCAAUGUGUAUAAAUUUGGAAUUUGAUAUUAAAACAGAUAUUAUAAAUAUAAACCUAAUGGAACUAACCUUAUAGAAAAAGCAGUCCGAAGCAUAAUAGGCUUUCUUUCAGGUCUAAAUUAAGCAAUUUGUAAUGAUAGCUUUCACGCCGCUUUCCGUAAUAAAACUUCUUUCAAAAAUUACCUGGAUAGUUUAAAAACUUGGUUACAAUGGCGCGUAGACCCAGCUCUUUGAGUGUCAUUCUAAAGAGUUUUGACCAUACUUUGUUUUAUAAAACAUGUUUAUAUACUCCUUCUUUAUAAAUGAUGCAUAUCUCAAUGUGACUAAUUUUGUAUCAUUAGUUCUAAGCUUAGGCUUGCUCGGCAGUAAAUGUGAAACUGUACUGUACUAUAAGGGAAGUAAGUUGUUACAUGUCCUAUAUAAUCACAAAAAUUAAAAAAAAAAUUUUUUAAUUUUAAAAUUGAUUUGUUCAAAUAAUUCCGUGCCCUCUAACCCCAAAAAUUUGCUUUGAUAGAGACACAGAAUUAUUUGAACAACCGAAUAUUUUUAAAAACUUUCAGAUACACCUAACAUUCAGGCCUACUUCAAUAAUGUGCAGAGUAAAGAUGAGUACAGGGUUAGCUAAGAUCUGUCAACAUCAGAUUCAUUUAUUAUUGGCAGUAAAUGUAGCAAUUGUAAAAUAACAAAUGGAGAGAAGUUUGAUCCAGCGUGAGUUGUUAUAGCAUAGAUAUCUAUUAGGCUGUUUAAAUAAUUCUGAGCUCUUAACCCUAACAAUGUGCUUUAAGAUGUAGCACAAAUUUAAUUAAACAACCUAAUAACUCAAAAGCAUGGCGGUAGUAGGAAGAGUAGAAAAACAAAAACUGAUUAUAUUAUAGUAGCUUUACAUUCCUCACUUUAAAAGCCAAAACCUCUCCUAUUACUUCAGAAAAUACGGGUUCGAUAGCUCUAACCUUGCAAAACUUCAACUAGUAUACAACAACAAUGUCCUGUACUGUCAACAGUACCGAGGAACUGUAGGAUCAUCUUUGUUCCCAUCUGAGAGCAACAGUGUUAUCAAUGUUGUUGAGAAAGCCGAAACCAACUUUCAUCUAGAACAUUCUGGAGUGUUUGGGUUGAGUUUUAUAGGAGAUUACAAAAAGAAUGACAUUUUGAGAAGGACACUGACUUCUUACAAUGUUAAGAAGAAUCUGAUCAUUAGACGCGGUCCUUAUCCACAAGUUUUGGUAUGUUGUUUUAGGUUUUGUAGAGGAUAAUGUUUGGAAAAUAUAAUUAUAAGUAUUAGUGUUAUAAUAUUAUAAAAAAAGGCAAAAACUCUAUGUUCUAUAAACUUUUUGACCUGAUUUUUUGAAAAUCGAUAAAGUUGUCGAAAUUAUUUAGAAAAACAAGGAAGUUCAGUCAUUUUAUGUGCAUGGUCGUAUUGUUUUAACUGAAGACGAAAGCAGUGAUCAAAUACAUUGUACUGAUUUCGCUUAUUUCCUUUCAAGUGUCAUUGGAUUGGCAUGGAAAAAUGAGUGGGUUUUCUAUAUUAACAAGGAAAUUGCCCUACUUGAAUGACUUUAAAGUUUAAACUUUUUAUAAAGGAAGAUCAUGUAAAUAUACAUAAGAAGUUAAAAAAUUACUAAGUUGCGCUUUUCAAUCAAUUUCUUUGUUUUAGAAUUGAAAUCGACUCAAAAUCAUACGAAAAAUUUGUAAAGUUUUCUCCAGAACGAAAGACGCUAGUGUCACAAGACAUCUACGACAACCACUACAGUAACAUUCGCCAUGAAGAAGACAUUCCAGACUUGAAAGUUCAACUCAGAUUAAAACCUAACGAUAAUCACGUCUCCAAAUUGUUCACAGUACCAAAACAAAACUUUGUGCAGUACCAAAGGGGAGAAUUAGCAGUACCAGUGCACCCAAGUGUGGAUGGCAUGGAUUCGUUGUUUUUGGGUCAAGAGUUCUUCAGAAAUCAAUGUGUCAGUUUGAGAGUGAACUCAGAUGACAAACUUGAGAUUGGGUUUGCUGACACGACACCUUUGCCAGACGACGCCAAGUUUGAUGAAAUUAUAGAAACUACAACUAAAAGUAGCAAUCUUGUGAAGGACAACUUUUUGUUUGUGGCAUUCUGUUUCAUUUUAGGGGUUUUGUUUAUUUAA